UGUCCCUUCCCGGCCCCCGUCCGUUCGCCCGCCGCGUUUUCCAGCCCAAUGGCGAACGAGCAGCAGCGGGACGAAGUGGAGCAGCACGGAGGAGCAGGACCAGAGGAGAAGGGAGGCAGUGUGAAAAGUAACACUGUCUCUUCCAGCACCGGCCCUGGGGGAGGCCUGGGGAAGCGCCCGGCCAGCAGCAGCAGCAGCAGGACGGAGGAUGAGUGCAAAAAACAGCAUGUGGCCUUCAAAAUGGCCAAACCGGGCUUUAGUGCAGCCAGCCAGUCUCUGAAGAAGUCUCCAAUUUCCAUCAAGCUGGGAGCUAGUAAACCUAAGGAAGCUGCACCUGCCUUACCGGUCAAAAAACCUGCAUCGGUUUUCGACGAGGACGAUGACAGUGAACCAGAGGAGAUGCCUCCAGAAGCUAAGAUGAGGAUGAAGAAUAUCGGAAGGGACACACCCACUUCAGCUGGCCCCAAUUCCUUCAACAAAGGCAAGCAGGGAUUCUCCGACCAUCAGAAACUCUGGGAAAGGAAGCUUAAAAGCCUGACAGACAAGUAGCUCCUGGGCAUUAUGACUUGUAGUAGAGAGGGUUGUUUUGUGUUUUGCUUU